UGAAACCAGUUGAAAGCGAACAGCAGGAGAAGGAAAAAAUCGAAAAGAUAUUUCAAGCAAAAUCUAUAGGAAGACCAACGGGUGAUUAUCCUACACUGAUAUUUUGGAGUGGGAUUACAAACAGUUUGACAGAAACCAUUUUGAUUUUAUUUGGAGUAGUCCCCCAUGCACUGAAUACAGCAUAGCAAAAACUAGGGGAAUUAAGAAUAUCGAAUAAAACUGCGCAACGUUUGCCAAGUGGAAACAAGGAACAAUGGGGAGACAAUCCAACAAUACAUAAGCAGGAAGACCUAUACAAAAUACCUAGCGAAUUAAUUUGUGAAAUCUUGGUGAGUUUGACGGAUUAGGAAUAAAUACUUAAUAUAAUAAGAGGAAAAUGCCAAUGCUAGGAGUGACAGAAAAAAGCUGGAACAGGAUAGAAAGAUAAUAUUGAGUUUCAUUAAGGAUAAUCGCUGUUUUGUUGGUAUGCUUGUUUGAAUUAUUUAAUGGUGUAUGCUGUGAUUAAAUAUUUUUGUUGCUGGUUGUGAUUAUUUAUUUUGUUUGCUUGUUGUUCUGGAUUUUGUUUUCUGUUUGUUGUGUUGCUGUUGGAAAAAAAAUAGUAGAAAGAAUAAUUCUUUGAAUUCUCCUUUUACUAUUUUUCCCCCACGGCCAGUGGCACCCGUAGGGGGGGCCGGUGCCACCAGAUCGGGCAUCUCCUCCAGCAGCGCCUCCUGGUGCC